UGGCAGUUGAAGAAGUAGGAAGAACGACUGAGGAAUAUCACAGGAUUACCAACUGUUCGCGACAAUGAAGAUUUCGUUUGUGUGUUUGCUUGUGGCAGCGGUAAUAAUGCUGUACGUCCACAGAACUGAAAGUUUGCCUCGCAUCCGCCUGCAUAGCAUCCGUUUGCCUGUCCCUGUUCGUGACCGGGAUGGAAAGAGCCUGAAGCGAGGAACUGGACAGCAGUCUUACUGGCGAAAACUCGAGAACGGUCCCUUCUUCAUCACAGAGUGUGCGGUGUAUGUUGCAAGUAAUAACCUGGACGUGCCAAUAUCUCUUAUCACCAGUCUUUGCCAGAGGGCCCAUGGGCUGUACAUAAAGGGUACAAAACGUAACGAACAAGCCUAUGUCGGCAGUAUAAGGAAGGCUGCGGAAUCUAGGCCUGCUUCAAGACCUGCUACAUUGAGAGACGAGAAAAGUGGACCAACUGGUUACUGGGAGAAGCUAGCAAACCGAGACUUCUUCAUCAGUCAGUGUGCCGAGGACGUGCGUAAGGCAGACAGCAAGGCGACAGACGAUGCGGUUCAGACCAUCUGCGGCAGAGCAGCCGAACUCUAUCGCACCUAUACUGGUAGAAACCAGGCCGCCUACUUGAGUUGUAUCCAAGAAGCAGUGAGCUCGCUUUCGUCAGGGAGAGGCAAUCGUGGGCCAGAUGUAGACGACACCGAGACUGAAAAUGAUGUCACGGAUAAAGAAAUGAAAGAAUUCCUUGAUGCACUCUUAAAUUGAAGAGUAACCACCACCAACUAUUUGGAGUUCUUGGUUGCGAUCGGUUAUUUUUUCGAUUUAGAUGGGCAAUAAAUCAGUCUAUAUUGUGUAUAAUUUGUUUGUUCUUGUUAGUUAUGAAACUCUUUUCUAGUUGGCUUAAACUCUUUUCUAAUUUUUUAAAACAUUUUUUGGUAAAAAUGGCGGAUAACUAUAGUAUACUUUUCCUAUAUAAUCAUGGACACUGCAAAUAGUAUAAUAACACAAACACUUUAUUAAACUGUAAAUGCUGACGCUAUCGUCGCUCAUGUUAGUUGAAAAAAAAAACAGGAAUAAAGACGAUACUACAGUAUGACAUACGGUACAUAAACAUGUCAAUCAUCUUACAAUCGUAACAGUUACUACUGGGAUAUCCUAUCCCCAUCAGACCAAUUAGGGCACUCUUAUCUGAAGGUAUUCUCUCACAGGCAUUUUCAACAAAGGCGUCUUGCCUCUUCAUCGCUGGUACUAGAUCACCCUUGUCUAGGGGAAUCCUGA